AUGGUGCUCAGCCUCUUCUUUGGCGGUAUCAUCACCGCCAUCCCCGUCGUCACGGGCGUCGCAGAAGGUGUCUCGCACCAGAAUAAGCAGAAUGCCGAAGCCGCCGAGUUGGCCAAGCGCAUGAUCAAGUUCCACCUGGAUGUUUUCUGCGACGCGAAACCCAGCGUGCGCGACAAGGUGCACGGGAUGACGGUGGUGCUCAAGAAUGACGGGCUCUAUCUCGCUCCAAAAGAUGACGCUGGGAACCCGCUGCCCACCGCCAACGACAAUGGUAAAGCGACUCAUCCGUUUAUGGGCUUCUACAUCGACUACCCAGAUCCCGAACUACAUCCCGACACCCGCGGACUUGUCAGCACCAUAUCGCUCGACCCGCCCAUGCUGAAUUGGAUAUACAUGGACAAAGAGACACAGGAGCUCAAAUACGGCAACAGAACUCAGUCCCGCGAGCAUAUUGUCGGACCCUGGGACUGGACCUCCGACGAGCCCGGCAGCGGGCUGACGUUGGACGAAUGGGAGGGCUUUGUGGCAGUCGAGGAGGUGAAUGAGAAGGGGAAGCUCACGGGCGAAUGGACGAUGUAUUAUGAUCACUACGACAACGGAUUGAAGGGCAAGGUGGAGGGAAGGCGGACGUUGGAGUGCAGACUCGAAAGAAGAAUCUGUGCGGAUGAGAUGCAGCUGGAGCAGAAUCAGGUGAAUGUAAAAACAAGAGGCAAUAUCGGUGUGGUUGACCAGUCCGUACGGAAGUGA